AUGGAUUUUGCUGAUAUGAGUGUCGGAGGCUGGAUAAAAUACUUUGAAAACAACUCUUUGCUACAACCACUUUGGGACAAUAUAAGGCUAAACUACAGUGACUAUUUGAGAUCUCCACUCUUCCCUGUUGCACUGUCUGUUUCUUCUUAUUUUGUCCUCUGCCUCCCUUUCCUUGUUUGUGACAUCAUGGGGGAUAGAUGGGCCUGGAUCCAACAAUUUAAGAUUCAACCGAGUCGGCGGCCGACAACCUCUACAUUGCUGCACUGUGCAGGUGUUACCUUGUACAACCAUGUGUUUCUUGUGCUCCCAGCGUCAGUGGCCCAGUGGGCAUGGAGGCCACCUGUGGACCUACCAGAAAGGGGCCCAUCACUGCUGGAGCUGAUUGCCGGGGUGAUAGGCAACCUUUUGCUCUUCGACUUCCAGUACUUCAUUUGGCACCUGCUCCAUCACCGUAUCCGAUGGCUGUAUGUCACCUUUCAUGCCAUUCACCACAAAUACUCCUCUCCCUUUGCUCUUGCCACCCAGUGCCUGGGUGGUUGGGAGCUGGUCACAGUGGGCUUUUGGACCACUCUGAAUCCUGCAAUCCUGAGAUGCCAUCUACUCACCACAUGGGCCUUCAUGGUAUUUCAUGUGUAUGUUUCAAUAGAGGAUCACUGUGGAUAUGAUUUCCCCUGGUCCACAUCACGUCUGAUACCAUUUGGGAUCUAUGGAGGCCCCAGCAAACAUGAUGUACACCAUCAGAAACCCAACACCAACUUUGCACCACACUUUAGUCACUGGGACAAAAUAUUUGGCACACACGCUGACUUCAGCUUCUCCACUGCUAUGAAUAAAGCUAAAUUAGAAAGUGGUUAG